GUCAAACAAAACAGGGGAAUUGGGAUUUUACUUUUACGUAAAUUUGUGCGUUUUUAAGCAAUUUGUUUUCCCACUGUUCUAUCGAUAGUGAAAAUAUCAUAAUAACCUGUGUAAAGGACGGCUGAAUAUUCAAAAAGCAUAACAAACUAUUGGAACAGGCUUAUCCUUGUGCUGUGUGCGUUUAGUCAAUUGUGGUAUAUUUUGUUGGCUUGUUUUAAUAAAAGUGAACAGCAAUUUCUUAUCAAAAUUUUGGAUGUGGAUCGCGAACGCGUUUUGCUGUGAUUGUGAGAGGCGGCGCGGGCGGGCGCGUGCGGUAAGAUGCGCGCGCUGCUAGAGUACUACGCGGAAGCCGUGAUGUCGGCGGCAGCGCGCGGCGCCGGCUGCGCGGACUGCAACCACCGCGGAGAUUGCAUGAACGGCACCUGCCUCUGCGAGAUCCGCUUCACCGGCGACAAGUGCGACGGACCCAACAUGUCCUACCACGCAUGUAUCGGUGGCGUGUUCCUGGCGGUGGCAUUCGUGUGCGCGAUGCAGCUGACGGUGUGCAUCGUGACGGAGUACCGGCGGCUGAAGGCGCCCACGUUCCUGCGCGCCUGCAAGCUCACCACGCAGAAGAUGCUCUACUUCGUCGCCUUCCUCGCCUCGCUCAUACGCGGAGCGUACUUUGUCUCGCCGUCGGCCUUCGACGAGGGCUGGACGCGGAGCCUGCACGCGGCGUACUACCCGCUAGUCAUGACCGGCUCUUCGCUCAUCGUCUGCUUCCUGGCUGAGGUGUUCCACCUGCGCGACAUCCGCUGGGAGCGGCCGCGGUUCCUGUCCAAGUCGCGGCUGGCGUUUAUCACCUUCAACGUCAUCACCUUCUCGCUGCUCGGCGCCGAGGUGCUGACCACCUACGUCGCCGAUACGUCGCUAGAGAAUAAGACGUUCUACCAGCUGGUGUUCAACCUGUGCUACGCGGUGCUGCUGUGCAUCGUGGUCAUCUUCUUCCUCAUUUAUGGCGUCGAGGUCUACUUCAAACUGCACGGCGAAUUCCUAAAGGAGACGAAGGUGUGCACGAUCACGUGCCCGCGCCCCGGGCCCUCCACCGCCGCCGACGGCGACGACGUGCAGGAACAGCUUGUAACUAAACAGGGCAUCCAAACGGACCUGCUCCCGCGCGACGGCGGCGUGGACCCGCGCUCGGUGGACGUGUCGCAGCUGCACCAGUCGCGGCUGGGGCUGGUCAGCCAGGCGCUCAUGCUCAUCCUCAUCGCUGGCUUCCUCACAUCGGAGACGCUCAGCGAGUUCUGGAAGGCCAAGGUCCCAGUAGUGUCGCGCAACUGGCACGACGUGGUGUUCCGUCUGGCGGAGAUCGGCGUGACGCUAUGGUUCCCGUGCGUGCUGUGGAACUGCAUGGAUCCCGGCCGCCUGUGGCUGCUCAACCCGCGCCGCCUGCUCGCGCGACAGCUCGAGGACGCGCGACUCGCCGACCUCGUUCACACCCGGACAGACGCCAAGAGCUUCGAGACUGACUCGCUCGUGGGUAGCGUCGGCUCAUCUCGCGACUGCUGGAUCUGCUACGACAACACGCGCCCGGACCCGCUCAUCACGCCGUGCCGCUGCACCGGCGACGUCGCUGCCGUCCACCACGACUGUCUCCGAAGGUGGCUGGUCGAGAGCGCAGCUACACCCGACGGAUUGAAAUGCAAAGUAUGCAACACUCCGUACAUAGUUCAAGAGACGAACAGGGUGGAGUGGGAGCGCGGGUUCACGCCGUCGCACUGGGUGCACACGGGGCUGGCGGUGGGCGCGAUGUGCGGGUCGGCGGCGGCCGCGUGGCUCGUGGUGCAGCUCCUGCCCGGCCCCGUGCCCAAGGUGCUCGCCGCCGGCGCCGCGAUGCUCGUGUGCUAUGUGGCCAUCAGAUUCCUCAGCAUGAAUACGGUGACGGCGUACCAGCGCGCCAAGGUGUCGUCGCUGAAGAUCCUGACGGACGCGGAACUGGCACCCGAGCAGGGCGUGUCCACUAUCAGCCGGACCGUCACCGUCGAGAUCGCCUCCAAGGCAGUGCUCGAGCAGGCGCUCAAGGGCGACGCCAAGUAGACAUACCAUACCGCAUACCAUAGACAAACGUCAAAUUUGACAGAUCAAUUUUUUUCCGCCGAAGACUCGAGUUGAAGCCGUCAAAUUUGGGGCUCGUGAAAAUGCGGUUUUGAUAUAUUUUGAGUACAAAGCGGCGUAAUUAUAUACGUAUACUCCGGUCGGCGGUGUUGCCGAUAUGAAACGAUUCGAGUGAAUUAUUUUUUUACAAAUUGAACUUUUGUUUAUAUCGACCCCAGACUACGAUGUGUGAGAACGGGUAACGGUGACGUUAUAUCCACAAAGACUGUACAACGUAUGCCAAAAGUGUUUAAUGUUAAAUUCGUGAUUCUAGUG